AUGAUUUUCGCUAACAGCGAGGACGUCGCGGACGACGACAACAACACCAAGGCCGGGAACGACUUCUUCCUCGGAGCCGGCGAGGAGGACGCGAACGGCGACACCAAGCCCAAGGACGUCUUCUUCGUCGGAGCCCGCGAAGACCGCACCGGCGAGGAGGACACGAACGGCGACGCCAAGCCCAAGGGCGUGUUCUUCGAAGCCGGCGACAGCACCCGCGAGAUGACCAUGGACGAACUGGUUCUGCUGUUCCACAAGGAGACGGCGUCGCUUCUCAGGCAGGCGAAGGGGUUCGACGACCAGCCAGUCCUGGCCAGCCUGAUGGCGUCGUGCGACGCAAUCGGGGAGCAGAUCCGGCAGGGCAAGCACCUGGACAGCACCGAAGGGCGGCGCAUCAUCCACAAGCUCAUCGCUCUGCACCUGCGGAUGGUGUCUUGCGCCGGCGGAGUGAUCCUUCGCGAGCGCGGAAGCUCCCUGCCGGCCACGUGGUGCGGUGAUCGCCAUGGCCUCCCGUGCAAGGAGAAGCGGGCCGGCACCCUGAUGGAGCUGCUGCUCUAUUCCAUGAUGCUGGCGGACGACGCGAUGGAUCGCUUCGUCGUCGUGGAGUCGGACGACGCCGAUUACGUCUCCUUCGUUGGAGGAGCAAGCGGCGACCACACCGGCGAGGAGGUCAGGAACGGCAACACCAACGCCAAGGACGUCUUCUUCCCUGCCGCCACCGACCGCAUCGGCGAGGAGGUCAAGAACGGCGACUCCAACUCCAAGGACGUCUUCUUCGUCGGAGGUGGCGACGACCUCACCUCCAAGGAGGUCACGAACGAUGCCGCCAUCUUCGGAGCACCCAAGGACGAGAUGACCCUGGAGGAGCUGGUUCUGAUGUUCCACAAGGACACGGCUUCGAUCCUCAGGCAGGCCAAGAAGUUCGACGACCAGCCAAUCCUGGCCAGCCUGAUUGCGUCAUGCGAUGCAAUUGGGCAGCAGAUCCGGCAGGUCAAGCACCUGGACAGCCCCGAAGGCCGGCUCAUCGUCCACAAGCUCAUUGCCUUGCACCUCCGGAUCGUGUCGUGUGCGGGAAGAGCCAGCAUUCACAAGCCAGGAGCAUCCCAACCAGAGAUGCGGUCCGGUGAUCGGCAUCGCCUCCCGUGCAAGAAGAAGCUGGCCGGCACCCUGAUGGAGGUACUCCUGUAUUCCAUGAUGUUGGCGGAUGCUGCCAUGGAACGCUUCAUCGUCGUGGAGUGGGAUUUCACCAGCUAUGGUUAGAUUGGAGUAGGAAGUAGUAUCAGUAUGCAAGUAGCUAUCUGUGUUUUGACUGUCUUGUAAUGCACACUUAGCCGUGGAUGGAACUGUUAUCUGAA